AUGGCCAUGCAGGUCCAUAUGGAUCCUGCGAUCCUCUCACCAACCUACAUAAAUCUGACCUUUGAGGAUGGAGGAGCCGAGCGAGAGAAUGAUGGAGACGUUGAUAGAGAGGUUGAAGCGACAGUGACUGCGGUAAAUCCAAGAAAGAGGAAACAAAAUAAAGCGACUGUGGAGAAUCCUAGAAAGAGGGAAAAGAAGAAAUCUCCGGUGAAAGAUGUUGGAACUGAUGAGCGAGAGAAUAAUGGAGAUGAUGGAGAUGUUGAAGCCAAUGAGGAAGUGCAAAGUGAAGAAGACAUAUUAGAGAGGUUUGAGUAUGAAGUAGAGGAAGUUGUAGAACAUUGGAUUGAUGAAUAUCAGAUUCACCAAAACCAGAUCCCAAAUAGCUCUGAUGAGGAUGAGGAUCCGAUAAUUACUAGAGAGAGGAAAAUUAGGUUGGGAACGCAUGAUAAGUUGGCUAUUGGUAGAACAUUUUUCACUGCUUUUGAAAUCAAAGAGACUAUGUUGCAAUAUGCGUUGAAGAAUAGAGAAAACCUGAAACAGAAUAGGUGGGAAAAGAACAAAAUCAGCUUUAAUUGUGCUGUAAAGAAGAAAUGUGAUUGGAGGGUAUACUUGGCAUUCGAUGCAUCGAGGCAACUCUGGGUUUUGAGAACUAGAUGCACUGAUCAUACAUGUAGCUCUAAUGGGAAAUGCAAGCUUCUGAAGAGUGCAGUUAUUGGCAGGUUGUACAUGGACAAACUAAGAUUGCAGCCUAACUUCAUGCCUCUUGAUAUUCAACGCCAUAUAAAGGAGCAAUGGAAAGUAGUAAGUACUAUUGGACAAGUUCAGAGAGGAAGACUUCUAGGACUGCAAUGGCUGAAGGAUGAAUAUGAUCAACAAUUUGCUCACCUACGAGGAUAUGUUGCUGAACUCAAAGAGUCCAACCAAUACUCAACUGCAUUUGUUGACACCAUUUCUAAUGCUGCUGGAGAAGAUGUAUUCGACAGGAUAUAUGUAUGUCUUGGAGCAAUGAAAAAUGCAUUCUACUAUUGUAGACCAAUCAUUGGGAUUGCUGGAACCUUCUUGAAGCACGCUGUUAAAGGGUGUCUACUGACUGCUAUUGGGCAUGAUGCUAAUAACCAGAUUUACCCUGUUGCUUGGGCAACUGUGCAAUCUGAAAAUACAGACAAUUGGCUAUGGUUUUUGAAUCAGCUAAAGGCCGACUUGAAUUUAAAAGAUGGGAGUGAUUAUGUAGUCCUAUCAGAUCGUUGCAAGGGAAUCAUUAGUGCGGUUAAAAGUGUAUUACCAAAUGCUGAGCACAGACCGUGUGUGAAGCAUAUUGUUGAAAACUUGAAGAAGAAACAUGCCAAUAAAGACUAUUUGAAGAAGCAUGUGUGGAACUUAGCUUGGAGUUAUAGUGAAGCUGAAUAUAAGAUUAACUUGAAUGCAAUGAGAGCAUACAGUUUAUCUUUGUAUGAAGAUGUCAUGAAGGAGGAAACAAAGACAUGGUGUAGACCUUAUUUCAAGAUUGGCAGUUGUUGUGAGGAUGUAGACAACAAUGCAACAGAGUCCUUUAACGCCACUAUUGUCAAAGCAAAGGCAAAAGCAUUGGUUCCAAUGAUGGAGACAAUAAGAAGGCAAGCGAUGGCCCAUAUUCUGGCAAAGGAGGAGGAAGACGCUCUUAGAUGUGAAGUCACAAAAGGAACCCACGGUACCUUUGAGGUAUGGGUUGAUGGGAAUUCAAAUCCUCUGAACUUGACAUCAGAGAAAUGGGAAUGUUCAUGUUGCAAGUGGCAAGUUACCGGGAUUCUAUGCAUGCAUGCUUAUGCAGCAAUCAUAGAUGUUGGUAAGGAUGUUGAAGAUUUUGUAUCUCCAUACUUUACUACUGAUAUAUGGCUACAACAAUACGAAAUAGGUCCUUAUCCAGUGAGAGGUCAACGGUUCUGGAUGACUAACAACUAUGUCUUGUUAAAAGCACCUCCAGAACCAAUCCUACCUGGUAGAAAGAAAGGAUCGAAGAAGAAAUAUGAUCGGAUCAAGGGUAAGCUAGAGUCCCCAAAGAAGAAGAAGGGGAAGAACGGAAAAGAAGAACCAAAGAUACUCAAACUUUCUAGAAAAGGAAGGAUAAUGCAUUGUCGUUCAUGUGGUGAAGCAGAGCACAAUGCAGCAGGAUGUAAGAAUUUUCCUAAGGAGAAGAAGAGCAAAAAGAGUAAAGAUGAGGCUGGUGAAUCUACUAUUGAGGGACCCGAGACUGUCACACAAACAUCUCAGCCACCAGACACAUUGACACAAAAAUCUCAGCCAGAGACACUCACACUAACACAGGGAAGCAUGUGA